UUACAACCAAUUCUAUCCGUCCACAACAGGAAGAAAUUGACUAUGAACAGCUCUGAAUACAGUUUACGACUAGACGAGAGCGACGCAUACACUGAACCAAAUGAUGACGGUGUCGGUGAUUGGGGGAGUGUGUUAUCUUGGGAGGGAGAGAACAACGACGGUAAUGGAGUGCCACCCCGAAGUCGAUCAGUCGAGGCAAUGUCGCUCGCUUUCCAAGACAAGCCUGUUUCUCAGGAUUCUCUUCAGCUGUCGGAAGAGGACCAGCAGAAUAACUUCUACUCAAACUAUCUGCAACAAGAAGGUUUGGGCGAGGGUGCCAUGAGCAUGCAGGGGAGCGGUGAACCAUUCUUUCCGCAGAAUGGCAAAGCGGGGAGUCAAGUCGGGCAGCAGUUCAGGCAGCUUCAAACAAACGAGUCAAACAAACACCAGGAAUGUGACCAGGCGAAACAAUCGAGCCUGCCGCAAAUUAGCCUCGGACCGUGUCACGCUAAUCAAGAAGCUUCUGAGGGACUCCAACCAACUCAAUCAUUGCAGCAAUUACGGCAGGUUGAUCAUCCGCAAUUACUACAGCAAGUUCGUUUUCAAGAUGACGUACGGAAGCAGCAUCAAGAGAACCCACAGGUGCAGCAGUUUCAAUCGCAGUACACGACGGAUCCGAGUAUACUUCUCCAACAGUUGCAAAUUGCACAGCUGCAACAGCAAUUACAAUUUGCGCAGGCUCAACACCAGGUGUCGCAAGCCACUCAGCAGUUUUGUGGAUCGAGUGUAGAAGUAGACAACGUACAAAAAUACCGCCAUCUGAACAGCAAGCCGUCCCAGAACUCUUCAAUACUUCCGAGACCAAACCAAUGCUAUUCAGAUAGUGUACAAUGUGGUAGCCUCUCGCGACCUGUUGACCAACGAAACAAUUUUGGAGAGCUUCCCCAAGAGCAAUCUGCGAAAAUGGACACCGUGGAAACAACAGGGCCCAUGCACUUUUCAAUUUCAAAAGCUCCUGUUGUUGUUUCAAGUAGUGAUACUGACGAUUCGAAUCGUAAGAGGACAGUGCCAGGGGGGAAAGGUAGGGUACGGACGACUGCUCCCGCGAAGCGAGCAAAGCCUCAGCCACUUGAUACUGGAAACAUGACAGAAAAGGAGCGCGUUCACCGAUUACGAAAGCAAUGAGGUUACGAGGCAUUCCCUUCGCUUCGGUGGCACAGUCCUUGGGGCAGGGGAUUCACCCCAAAAUGUUUAUGUCUCGAGAUUCUUCAUCGCUCUUGAAUUUCAUUUCUAUCGUCAUCCUAUUUUAUAGAUCCAUUUAGAUAAGUUUAGCUAGUGCAUAUUGCUUUUUCC